ACGAUAAGGAGAUCGCACGCGUUUCCUGGAGGUAUAUAGUGGUGAGUUGAAUUCGUGCAUAACCUCUCCCCAGCCACUUCACCCUUUGGUGUCAAUAAAGGAGCGCGGUACCUAGCUGUUUGCUUGCUUCACCUCAAACGUCACCAACUCUCCGCACUCAGCCAACAAUGGGCCUCUUCAGCAAAAGGGACACGGUUCCCGCCGCUGAUACCACCACUGCUACCGGUACUCAUCACCGCAAGGAGAAGGCCGGGAUAUUCGGCGGUAGGAACGAGCAUGGUGGUACACGAGCUUGGAAUUCGCGCCCUACCUUUGGUGCAUGGAUCAAGGCGACUGCUCUUGACAUCCUCACCAUGGCUAUACUAGGUGCUAUUGGACUAGGAGUCUACUUUGCUGAUCCGGCCCCGAGCCGCAGCUUUCCCGUCACCUUUCGUGACGGCGAAAUUGUCUACCCCGAAUUUGCGUACCCUCUUCGCAACGAAAUCAUUCCCAUCUGGGCAGCUGCUCUCAUGGCCUUCUUCAUUCCCUUCGCUGUCUUCCUCAUCUGCCAGAUCAGAGUGCGCUCGUUCUGGGACGUCAACAACGCAACAAUCGGUUUACUGUACUCAUUGAUCGUCGCUGCCGUUUUUCAGGUAUUCAUUAAGUGGCUAAUCGGAGGUUUCCGUCCCCACUUCCUUGCUGUCUGCAAGCCCGUCAUCCCAGAUAACCUCGCCUACGACACCGAGACCUUCGAAUCUGCUGGACCCACCGGAACCAACGUUGCCAAUGGGUUCCGCUCCAUUAUGUUUGACCGCAGUAUCUGCACGGGUGACAAGAAAGAAAUCAACGACGCGCUCGAGUCCAUGCCUUCAGGCCAUACCACCGCUGCCUUUGCUGGCUUCGUCUUCCUGUACCUCUAUCUCAACGCUAAGCUCAAGGUUUUUGCCAACUACCACCCCGCUAUGUGGAAGCUCGCUGCCAUAUAUGCACCUCUGCUGGGCGCCUGCCUGAUCGGUGGCGCCCUGAGCAUUGACGAGUUCCAUAAUUGGUACGACAUCCUUGCCGGCGCAGUCAUCGGCACUACCAUGGCAUUCAGCAGCUACCGCAUGACAUACGCCUCGGUGUGGGACUUCCGCUUUAACCAUAUUCCCGUACUGCGCCACGCUCCGUUCGUGUACGGUGCCGGACCCAGCUCAUUCGACGGCUUCCACGACGCGGUGUGGACUCGCAAGGCAGGCUGGGGCUCGCAUGACAGUAGCGCCUGGGCUGGCGCGCCAUUUGAUGCCACCGAUGGCCCGAGGGGAACUAUGGCGCCGCAGGCUGAAGGCCCAAUGGGCACGGGCGCAGGUACUGCUGCAGGACACCAUAUGCAGAGGAAGCCUGUUGGAGGUAGCAGGUUCAGCCACGACCACGGUGUUCGUGGUGAGCAGAUGGUCUAAGUGGUGUUUUUAUGACCGUACAUGGAUUUACCGGCUAGGGUAAUUGACCAUGUGCGCGUGUUAACGCUUCUGCUUUGGCAAUAUAUAUGCUCAAUGGCUUCCAGCUGGACAUUGAUGUCUUUUCACAUGAUCAUGCAAGAUACCACUAUAGUUAUUUAAUUUUGUAUAACUUUAUAUCGAAACGAGUUGGUUCCAAAACUGACGGGCCUCAAACCCAUCUUGUUCGCAUACACGUCGUUCGCAACUAGAGAAACACUGAUCUUCAUCCACAUCCCGAGCGUCUGACCUAUCG